AUGCCGCAGUUUACUGUAAUAAUUAAUAUUUCCAAGGUGGAAACUAUUGGUGGCUCCUAUAUGGUGGCCUCGGGUUUGCCAAAGCGCAACGGACGUAGACACGCCGGGGAAAUUGCUUCCAUGGCACUUGAGUUGCUCAGCAUCAGUGGUACCUUCGUCAUUCGUCAUAUGUCCACGGUUCCUCUGCUCCUGCGUAUCGGCAUACACACAGGUGAGCUUGUCGUUGAACUUUUCAAAUUGUGCCUGCAAUUGCAUUAA